CAAACGGUCGUGUAUAGUUGUAGUAUUGCCUCUUCUGCAAGUUUCAUUCUACGCAGCUCAGUUAGCAACCAGCUAUGGCUUCCUCUCUCGCUCUUAAGAAGCUCGCAUCUGCCAAUGGUAUCGUCAGGUCUCUGCGUCCAGCGCGCGCUCUGGCUCAGCCUGUUUCCCGUCGCUUCUUCAACACCAACGCUGUCCGUGAAUACGAUUCUGAUGACCGCGAUGUUGACGUUGAUCGGCGCUCCGAUCGCCGCGUAUUUUCUCCCUUUGGAGAUGUAUUCGGACCGUUCCCCACUACCAGCAGCCUAAGCCAAAUUCUGAACAUGAUGGACCAGUUCAUGGAUUCCCCAAUUAGCUCCAGCAUCCGUCGGAACUGGGACGCGAAGGAGACGGAUGACGGUCUCCAGCUGCGCGUGGAUAUGCCAGGGUUAGGGAAAGAAGAUGUGAAGGUGUCAGUGGAGCAGAACACUCUGAUAAUCAAAGGGGAAGGCAAGGAGUUCGAAGGCGAUGAAACCGGAAGGAGGUACACUAGCAGGAUCGAUCUGCCGGAGAAACUCUACAAGACUAGCGAUAUCAAGGCAGAGAUGAAAAAUGGGGUCCUCAGAGUUCAUGUCCCAAAGAUUAAAGAAGAGGAGAGGACUGAUGUUUUCCAUGUCAAUGUCCAGUAGAUUAUAGAUUGUCCCUAACUGGUUUCAUACUUGUCUGUCUAGAACUCUUUCAACAGCUAUCCUGGGAUUUUGAUUGUUGUCCAUCAAUCGUUUCAUCUUUUGCUGGGAAAUACUAAAAAUAAUUUUGUGCUA